AUCUGCUCAGACGGCAUAUUUCUUCCAGGUAUUAAGCCUACUGUAGGUCUGGUCAGAAUGGUGAAUCUUCUUCAAUAUCUCCUGCUCCUCUGUGGUUGUCAUAUAUGCCUCAGUGUCAAUGACGAUUCAGUCCCUAAUGAGGUGGGUCCUCCUGAGCUCAACGAGAACAGUGGGACUCUCUACGCUACCUGCAGAAUGCGGCCGAAUUCCAAACUUGCCACUGGCAUGCCAAAAAUUUAUGGGCAUGUGAUGUUCAGGCAGGAACACGCUGACGAUAAGAUUAAAGUGGCGAUCAAUCUACAUGGUUUUCCAACCUCUGACGGACAGUUCAGAGCCAUCCAUAUUCAUCAGUAUGGUGACCUGACUGAGGGAUGCUCUUCUACUGCUGGCCACUACAACCCCUUAUCAGUUGACCAUCCACGCCAUCCAGGAGACUUUGGCAAUUUCCCGCCCUCCAACGGGAAGAUUGUGCAGACACUGGAUUCUGAUGCCACACUUUUUGGUGGCCUGUCAGUUCUCGGCAGGUCAGUGGUGGUCCAUGCAAAGGAAGAUGACCUGGGUCGUGGUGGAGAUGCAGGAAGCCUCCUUCAUGGAAAUGCUGGAGAGAGGCUGGCGUGCUGUGUUAUUGGGAUGGCCAGGCCUAAGGUGUGGGACCGCUUUCAGCAAAAGCGCAGACGAGUGUGAUAUAGAAACUGACUGGACGUUCACACGUAACACUAUGGACCACACUAAAUACACCAAUGUGCUGUAUACAAUACCUGUCCAUACUAAGUGCAAUACAACGAAGUUCAUGUAAUGAGAAUAUUUCACUGUUUUCUGCCUCUGGGUUCUUUUAUCAGACUCUCAAGGGCCAGACAAUUUUGCCUGCUAUCAUUUGUAAUAAAGGCCCUGAUACAUUAUCUGAAUGCAUAGGGAUGCUUUAAAGUUUUUAAAGUCUUUUUCAUCAAAGCAUAACUGUAGCUCUUUUCUUUAACAAUAUCUACAUAUUGCAUCUUUACUACAACAAGUUUGAACAAAGGUAUCCCAUAUACCGUUGCUUACGUUGAAUUGCACAACACAAAAGAAAACUGAAUUUGGGAUUUUAUCAGUGCAUGAGCCUUCAAUCCUUGAAAUAAGACUCCUGCAACCAUCACUGUGGUGCACUACAUCACUAUGAUGGCCUCUGAGAAAUCCUUUGUACAAGAUAAAAAACAAUCCAACCUCAUUUGAAAGAAUUCAGACCAUAUAUUUCUUGGCACUUAUUUCAGAACCUGUUCGCUAUAUCUCCAUGGUUUCCUCUAAUAAGCUCUUGAUUUUGUAUCAUGAACCCUUCAAUAAAUUUGAUGAGAUCCAUAUGUGUGAGACAUUGUUCUGGGAGAGGAGGACUGUGGGCAUGACUGGAGUGAAGCAGGCUGAGGCAGAAAAAGCACAGAAAGUCAGAAUGGGCUUAACUGUGCCUCCCACUGUCCACGCAAGGCCAGAUAAAGCCCAAAGCAGAUCAAAUCUCAUCCAGCCCAGUUGGUUUGUUAACCACCUUUUAUUGUUUGUCAGGUGUUCUCGUGUGCCCACUGGCCAGCAAAGCUGAUGUUGAUUUAAUGGGCCAUAUUAAGCAAUAAUAAUUCAGGCAACAACUGAAAAACAACAUGCCCUCGCCCUCGUGGUGGUUACUGAUGAGACCAGACGAUAACUGACAAUACAACACACAUGAACCUUCCAAUUAAGUCUGUAAUAUAUUUGUGAAUUUCAUCAUUAAAAAGACUAUAUAGCUAUCUUGUGCAAUAUUAACUCUCUUCUGCCCCUUCCCGGCCACCUGCACUAAAGAAUUGCUGAAUUAGAUUAGACAUGAAGAUUACUGGGAUAUUGACACUUGAAAGAUGUAACUUAUUCAUAUGAAAUGAAUGUGUAUAAGUUGUGAUAAAAGUAUUUUUGUCUGUAGCCAGGAUUUGUAAAUUUAUCCCACUGAUCUGAGUUCAGUGGGAGUAUAAAUAAAGAUAGUAUGGAUUGUGGGAAAAAGGAGCAUGUCAGAUAUUCAAAAUUCCAGAGGUUAAACAUGCUUCCUGCAUCCAAUUUUGGGCAUGAUUUUUGGGAGGCUGUUUCUGUACUGGAUUCAUAGCCAUUAGCAAUUGUGAUGUAAGUAACAGUGGGUGCUUGAGAUCAUAUCUACAUUCAUCCAGUUUACUGUCUGCUGUUCUUACAAUAGAUUUUCAAUGAUUAAUGUGUUUCAUGCUAGCAAACUAUCAACUAUAUACUGUAAAUCCACUAUUAAUACCACAAACUUCAAACUCAAGCUUCAUGUGCACAUAUGGUCAUUCCUGUUGUAUUGUACUUAUAUGUGAA